AGCAGCCGUGAAAAAGGCUUGCGGAAGCAUAAUAGAAAACAUCAUCUCUGUUGUGUCGGUGGCUUUUGCGUCGUCGUCGUCCAUUUUGGUGAUUCCACCGUAAUAGUGCCGUGCCGAUUUCAGACCUUCCCAGCCUACUACGCCUCCGCCGCGGAAAAAGUGAAAAGCGCAGCGAAGCGAGAGAGUGAGGUACACGAGGUUUGUGGCAAAGAAAAUGACCAUCCCUACCAAACCGACGGGUGCCAAAAAGGGUGAGAAAUCCAUUCUGCCCCUGGUUGCACCCAACACGGCCUCCGCCUCACCGAGUGCUCCAGCUGACGAUGGCGGAAACACCGCAUCCAGCAUCAUCCUGUUGCGCCGUGGCCGUCAGCUGUCUCCGGCCACCGCCGCCAUUCUGCUGAUGGUGGCCCUGCUCGGCUUCUCGAUCGGCACCAUCGGUGGGCUGUUCUACUUCCGUCAGUACUCCCAGACGCGCAACCACAUGCGGUUCCAUGGGUUCUGCAAGAUUCCGUACGACUCGAGCAACUUUGAUCCGCUGGUGUACCACGGCGUCAAUCCGGGCGUCUUUGCGGCCCUCCAGAAGGCCACGUCCGAGGAUUCGUCCGCCGACGACCAGUCGGGAGCGGAGAGCAACAACAGUAACGCGGUGGACGACGGUGCGGCUGAUCCGUUCUUCCGUGAAGAGUUCGAGCUUGGCCUGUCGGAUGAGGACAACUACUCGAAGAUCGAUGUGCCCCUGUUCCGCGGUCAGCGUCCGGCCCGGUUCCUGCACGACUUUAAGUUCAACCAGUCCGGCAUCAUCGAUAUGGCGAGCGGCCGGUGCUUCAUUAUGCCGCUCGAUCGCGAAACCGUUCUGCCGCCCAAAUCGCUGCGCGAUCUCAUCCAAAAGAUGCAGCGCGGUUACUACAACAUCGACACGAGCGUGCUGAAGAAGACGAUGCGCGUUGUCACCCCGGAACUGACCGACUACACGGAUGUUUCGCCCCGUAUCACCAAAGAGUGCGUUGACAUGAAGAUUUACGAGCUGGAGAAAAUCAUCAGCGGUGUUUACAAACGGUCGACCGAUAUCGUGGAGCGUGCCAAGUUUGCCGAGUUCGGCGGUAACCACAUUUCGCUCAUCGACAUCCAGAACCUAAACGAGCUCGACUAGAGCGGGAGCGGGAGCGGGAGUUAUGGCGGCCGAGUUGCGGCCGGAACGCAGGAUUGGUGGUCACGUUGAGCGAUGGCAGAGGAAUAUAGCGCGAAAAUUAACUGUUUUCUCUACUCCUGAUUGGAUUCUCUUUAGUGAGCGUUUUUUGUGGAACCACACACACCUUCCCUCCGAGGGUGUCGUGAGAACUGGUAGGAACUCGUCAAGAUAGCGUCAUUUGCAUCCAAUUUACUACUACUACUACUACUACUACUGCACUACUGUUGAUAAACACAAAUGCAAAGAGAGAAGACUAUUGAUGCUUUAUUUCCGGUGGUGUGUGUUACUCGAUGGCUCCGUGGCCCGUUUUGCCGAUCGCGCCUCGCCGCCCCUGUCGGAGAGUUUUAUUGCAAGUAUUUUCUUUUUAAUCCUGCACAAAAUGUGAUCAAUUGUCGUCGUCGUGUCAACCGAGUCGCUGCGCCUAACCGAUGCGCCCAACACACGCACCUUCACCUCGUCGUGUGCAAGACAUUCCCAAAGUUGUUACAAACUACUAUCUCUCAAGCAACAUUCACUCACCAUCAUCCUGUUGAAGGGGGGCACUCAGAAUGGUUUUCAAAUGAAAUGCGCAUAAGAAGCAGAGAACAAACUUACUAAACUAACCGUUAAUAUCUUCUGAAAAAACAAGGUUGGCGCCGGAUGGGCCCGGAGGCAGCGCGCGGGGAGAAGAGUAUGUUUAUUGGAAUUGUAAAGAAUAAAAACAUUCUAUUAGUAAAAAAAACACUGGGGGUUUGAAAUCUUCAAUGCCUUUAUUUAGGAUGCUUUAUGUUUGUGUGUCGUCGCAUUACUUUCUAUGCGUUUUACAUAUUACAAG